GGCGGUGGAGGCGGUGGAGGCGGUGGAGGUGGUGGAAGUGGUGGAAGUGGUGGAGGUGGUGGAGGUGGUGGAGGUAGAGGAGGUGGUGGAAGUGGUGGUGGUGGUGGUGGUGGAGGUGGUGGAGGUGGUGGAGGUAGUGGAGGUGGUGGAGGUAGUGGAGGUGGUGGAAGUGGUGGAAGUGGUGGAGGUGGUGGAGGUGGUGGAGGUAGAGGAGGUGGUGGAAGUGGUGGUGGUGGUGGUGGUGGAGGUGGUGGAGGUGGUGGAGGUAGUGGAGGUGGUGGAGGUAGUGGAGGUGGUGGAGGUAGAGGAGGUGGUGGAAGUGGUGGUGGUGGUGGUGGUGGAGGCGGUGGAGGUGGUGGAGGUGGUGGAGGCGGUGGAGGCGGUGGAGGCGGCAGAGGUGGCGGAGGUGGUAGAGGAGGAGGUGGUGGAGAUGGUGUAGGGGGUGAAAGUGGCGGUGGAGGUGGUGGAGGUGGUGGAGGUGGCGGUGGCGGUGGUGGAGGUGGCGGUGGUGGAGGU